AGGAUUCAGGGAGGAUUCAGAUUGCGGAUCUUGGCUGGAUGUUUCGCAGGGGGAUAGCUAGCACGGAGAGAAGGGUACAGUAACUUCAGCACCCACCCGGGGGUAAACAGCGACAAGGACACCCAAGUGCGGCACACUAAUCGUUUUAGUCGGAACUAGGGCUGACUGUCGCGUUUCAGUUUUAACAGUUGUGGAUGUUUGUACAUAUUUUGCCCUAUGAUUGUCACUGUAGUAAGGAGGUGAAUUCUCGCCGCCGCCAUCUUUGGAAACUGAUUGGGAGGAGUGGACAACUUCGUUGGCUGACUCGUUUAUUACCCAGCUAUUGGUAGUUGUUUUCAGGGCCUCGACUGGCCUUACUGUACACACAUUACACUUGUUUUUCGGUUGACCAAACACAACGAAUCGGCAUCGUACAACCUGGAAAAGGCUAGCUAACAAAACUCCAAUCUGUGCUCCACCUCCAGACUCGAGUCAGUUUGUUGCGUCCUUCCCUGCCUUGUUGGACAUUUGCUCCCGUUAUUCUACCUGAACCUGGCCUCUGACAGGUGCCCGUCCUCCGGCCCCUCUGGCUCCUCCCCACUGGCAGAUGAGUUGUCACCUGCUCUGGCGUAGACCCAGCUGCGCUCCAACGGCCAGAUAGUCUGCUGGCCCCACCCCCUUUCCCCAACCUGCCGGGAGACAGCAAACUACAUUACCCAGCAUGCCAUCCACUGUGCGGGCGGGCAGUCUGAAGGACCCGGAUGUAGCCGAGCUGUUCUUCAAGGAAGACCCUGAGAAACUGUUCUCUGACCUCAGAGAGAUAGGUCAUGGCAGCUUUGGAGCAGUCUACUUUGCGCGGGAUGUGCGAACUACGGAGGUGGUGGCCAUCAAGAAGAUGUCCUACAGCGGGAAGCAGUCCAACGAGAAAUGGCAGGACAUCAUAAAAGAGGUGAAAUUUCUCCAGAGGAUUCAACAUCCCAACAGCAUAGAGUACAAGGGCUGCUACCUACGAGAAAACACAGCAUGGCUGGUGAUGGAGUACUGUCUGGGCUCCGCUUCUGAUGUUCUAGAAGUUCAUAAAAAUCCCCUUCAGGAAAUGGAGAUCGCUGCCAUUACCCACGGUGCUUUGCAGGGGUUGGCCUACCUUCACUCCCACAACAUGAUUCACAGAGACAUCAAGGCUGGUAACAUCCUCCUGACGGAGCCAGGGCAGGUCAAGCUAGCUGACUUUGGCUCUGCCUCCAUUGCCUCGCCAGCCAACUCCUUUGUGGGGACUCCAUAUUGGAUGGCCCCAGAAGUGAUCUUGGCCAUGGACGAGGGCCAGUAUGACGGGAAGGUGGACGUCUGGUCCCUGGGGAUCACAUGUGUAGAACUAGCGGAGAGGAAGCCUCCUCUGUUCAAUAUGAACGCUAUGAGUGCCUUAUACCACAUAGCGCAGAAUGAGAGCCCUACGCUGCAGUCCAGCGACUGGACGGAUUACUUUAGAAACUUUGUUGAUUCCUGCCUUCAGAAAAUCCCCCAGGAUAGACCCAAGUCUGACCAUCUACUAAACCAUGCGUUUGUCCAACGAGAGCGUCCAGACUCUGUUCUGAUGGAUCUGAUCCUGAGGACCAAAGAGGCGGUCAGGGAGCUGGACAACCUGCAGUACCGUAAGAUGAAGAAGAUCCUGUUCCAGGAGGCUCACAACGGACCACAGGCUGAGACACAGGACGGAGACCAGGAGGUGGAGCACGGUGCAGGUCGUACAGACACAGUGAACAGUGUGGGCAGUAACCAGUCCAUCCCCAGUAUGUCUAUCAGCUCCCAGAGCAGCUCAGUCAACAGUCUGAAUGAAGCAGCACAGGACGACCGCAGUGAACUGGACCUGAUGGAGGGAGACCACACGGUCAUGUCCAACAGCUCUGUCAUACACCUCAAACUGGAGGAAGAGGAGGGUUACCAUGGUGACCCAGAGGUGCAGGGCCAUCCCACAGAGCCCCCGGCCGCUCAACCCCCAAGGAAACACUACAGAGAACGCAACAGAGAACACUUCGCUACCAUACGCACUGCCUCACUGGUGACUCGUGAGAUGCAGGAGCACGAGCAGGACAGUGAGCUGAGGGAGCAGAUGUCUGGUUAUAAGAGGAUGAGGCGGCAGCACCAGAAACAUCUGAUGGGUCUGGAGAACAAGCUGAAGGCUGAGAUGGAUGAGCAUCGUCUCCGUCUGGACAAAGAGCUGGAGAGCCAGAGGAACAGCUUCGCCCAGGAGAUAGAGAAACUGGUCAAGAGACACCAGGCUGCUAUGGAGAAAGAUGCAAAGACAUUUAACAACGAUGAGAAGAAGUUCCAGCAGCACAUUCAGGUCCAGCAGAAGAAAGAACUCAGCAGCUUCCUGGAGUCUCAGAAACGAGAGUACAAACUUCGCAAGGAGCAGCUUAAAGAGGAGUUGAAUGAGAACCAGUCAACGCCUAAGAAGGAGAAGCAGGAGUGGCUGUCCAAGCAGAAGGAGAACAUCCAGCACUUCCAGGCUGAGGAGGAAGCCAACUUGUUGAGGAGACAGCGGCAGUACCUGGAGCUGGAGUGUCGACGCUUCAAACGGAGGAUACUCAUUGCCAGGCACAACGUGGAGCAGGACCUGGCACGAGAGGAGUUGAAUAAGCGUCAGACCCAGAAGGACUUGGAGCAUGCCAUGCUGCUCAGACAUCACGAGUCGAUGCAGGAGCUGGAGUUCAGACAUCUGGGAACCAUCCAGAAGAUGAGAGCGGAGCUUAUCAGGACACAGCACCAGACAGAACUGACCAAUCAGCUGGAGUACAACAAGAGGAGGGAGAGAGAGCUGAGACGCAAACACGUCAUGGAGGUCCGACAGCAGCCCAAGAGUUUAAAGUCUAAGGAGAUGCAGAUUAAGAAGCAGUUCCAGGACACAUGUAAGAUCCAGACGCGUCAGUACAAGGCCCUGAGGAACCACCUGUUGGAGAGCACUCCCAAGGCCGACCACAAGGCGGUGCUCAAGAGGCUGAAGGAGGAGCAGACCAGGAAACUGGCCAUCCUGGCCGAGCAGUAUGACCACUCUAUCAACAACAUGCUGUCCACACAGGCUCUGCGAUUGGACGAGGCCCAGGAAGGGGAGUGUCAGGUGCUGAGGAUGCAGCUGCAGCAGGAGUUGGAGUUGCUGAACGCCUAUCAGAGUAAGAUCAAGAUGCAGACAGAAGCCCAGCACGACAGAGAGAGGAAGGAUCUGGAGCAGAGAGUGUCGCUCCGCAGGGCUCUUCUGGAACACAAGAUUGAGGAGGAGAUGCUGUCUCUGCAGAAAGAGCGUGUGGAGCGUAUCAGGUCCCUGUUGGAGCGCCAGGCCAGAGAGAUAGAGGCCUUUGACUCAGAGUCCAUGAGACUAGGUUUCAGCAACAUGGUCCUGUCUAACCUGCAGGGCUCAGACACACAGGGCAGCCCAGGGGGGUGGGGAGGAGGGGGGUCCGGACUGUCUCAUCAUGGUCACAGCCACCACCAGGGGGGGUCCAGCUCCCAGCAGCCGUGGGGUCACCCUGUACUCGCUGGGGGCCCCCCUCCCUGGAGUCUGCACCAGCCCUCUGGAGGGGGGAGUCAGAGGGGGAGUGCGGGAGGGGCGGUGGGGGCCAGGAACAGCCCCCAGGCUAUAAGGAGGGCGUCGACGUCAGGAGGGGGGCGGAGCGAACAGGCUCUGAGCAUGAGCACCAGCAUCACCUCUCAGAUCUCCAACGGAUCACACCUGUCAUACACCUAGACACCUACACACACACCUGUCAUACACCUAGACACCUACACACACACCUGUCAUACACCUAGACACCUACACACACACCUGUCAUACACCUAGACACCUACACACACACCUGUCAUACAGCUAGACACCUACACACACACCUGUCAUACACCUAGACACCUACACACACACCUGUCAUACACCUAGACACCUACACACACACCUGUCAUACACCUAGACACCUACACACACACCUGUCAUACACCUAGACACCUAGACACACACCUGUCAUACACCUAGACACCUACACACACACCUGUCAUACACCUAGACACCUACACACACACCUGUCAUACACCUAGACACCUACACACACACCUGUCAUACACCUAGACACCUACACACACACCUGUCAUACACCUAGACACCUACACACACACCUGUCAUACACCUAGACACCUACACACACACCUGUCAUACACCUAGACACCUACACACACACCUGUCAUACACCUAGACACCUACACACACACCUGUCAUACACCUAGACACCUACACACACACCUGUCAUACACCUACACACACACACACACCUGUCAUACACCUAGACACCUACACACACACCUGUCAUACACCUACACACACACACACACCUGUCAUACACCUACACACACACACACACACCUGUCAUACACCUAGACACCUACACACACACACCUGUCAUACACCUGUCAUACACCUAGACACCUACACACACACACCUGUCAGACACCUACACACACCUGUCAUACACCUAGACACCUACACACACACCUGUCAUACACCUAGACACCUACACACACACACCUGUCAUACACCUAGACACCUACACACACACCUGUCAUACACCUACACACACACACACACCUGUCAUACACCUAGACACCUACACACACACACCUGUCAAACACCUGUCAUACACCUAGACACACACACACACACCUGUCAGACACCUACACACACCUGUCAUACACCUAGACACCUACACACACACCUGUCAUACACCUAGACACCUACACACACACCUGUCAUACACCUAGACACCUACACACACACCUGUCAUACACCUAGACACCUACACACACACCUGUCAUACACCUAGACACCUACACACACACCUGUCAUACACCUAGACACCUACACACACACCUGUCAUACACCUAGACACACACACACACCUGUCAUACACUUAGACACCUACACACACACCUGUCAUACACCUACACACACACACACACACCUGUCAUACACCUAGACACCUACACACACCUGUCAUACACCUAGACACCUACACACACACCUGUCAUACACCUAGACACCUACACACACACCUGUCAUACACCUAGACACCUACACACACACCUGUCAUACACCUACACACACACACACACCUGUCAUACACCUAGACACCUACACACACACACCUGUCAUACACCUAGACACCUACACACACACACCUGUCAUACACCUGUCAUACACCUAGACACACACACACACACCUGUCAGACACCUACACACACACCUGUCAUACACACACACACCUGUCAGACACCUACACACACACCUGUCAUACACCUAGACACCUACACACACACCUGUCAUACACCUAGACACCUACACACACACCUGUCAUACACCUAGACACCUACACACACACCUGUCAUACACCUAGACACCUACACAUACACCUGUCAUACACCUAGACACCUACACACACACCUGUCAUACACCUAGACACCUACACACACACACCUGUCAUACACCUAGACACCUACACACACACCUGUCAUACACCUAGACACCUACACGCACACCUGUCAUACACCUAGACACCUACACGCACACCUGUCAUACACCUAGACACCUACACGCACACCUGUCAUACACCUACACACACACACACACCUGUCAUACACCUAGACACCUACACACACACACCUGUCAUACACCUGUCAUACACCUAGACACACACACACACCUGUCAUACACCUAGACACCUACACACACACACCUGUCAUACACCUGUCAUACACCUACACACACACACACACCUGUCAUACACCUAGACACCUACACACACACCUGUCAGACACCUACACACACCUGUCAUACACCUAGACACCUACACACACACCUGUCAUACACCUAGACACCUACACACACACACCUGUCAUACACCUAGACACCUACACACACACACCUGUCAUACACCUAGACACCUACACACACACACCUGUCAUACACCUAGACACCUACACACACACACCUGUCAUACACCUACACACACCUGUCAUACACCUAGACACCUACACACACACCUGUCAUACACCUAGACACCUACACACACCUGUCAUACACCUAGACACCUACACACACACCUGUCAUACACCUAGACACACACACACACACCUGUCAGACACCUACACACACCUGUCAUACACCUAGACACCUACACACACACCUGUCAUACACCUAGACACCUACACGCACACCUGUCAUACACCUAGACACCUACACACACACCUGUCAUACACCUAGACACCUACACACACACCUGUCAUACACCUAGACACCUACACACACACCUGUCAUACACCUAGACACCUACACACACACCUGUCAUACACCUACACACACACACACACCUGUCAUACACCUAGACACCUACACACACACCUGUCAUACACCUAGACACCUACACACACACCUGUCAUACACCUAGACACCUACACACACACCUGUCAUACACCUAGACACACACACACACACCUGUCAUACACCUAGACACCUACACACACACACCUGUCAUACACCUAGACACCUACACACACACCUGUCAUACACCUAGACACCUACACACACACCUGUCAUACACCUAGACACCUACACACACACCUGUCAUACACCUAGACACCUACACACACACCUGUCAUACACCUAGACACCUACACACACACCUGUCAUACACCUAGACACCUACACACACACCUGUCAUACACCUAGACACACACACACACACCUGUCAUACACCUAGACACCUACACACACACACCUGUCAUACACCUGUCAUACACCUAGACACACACACCUGUCAUACACCUAGACACACACACACCUGUCAUACACCUAGACACACACACACCUGUCAUACACCUAGACACACACACACCUGUCAUACACCUAGACCACAGGUGUCAAACUCAUUCCACGGGGGGGCCGAGUGUCUGCGGGUUUUCGCUCCUCCCUUGUACUUGAUUGAUGAAUUAACAUCACUAAUUAGUUAGGAACUCCCCACACCUGGUUGUUUAGGGCUUUAUUGAAAGGAAAAACCAAAAACCUGCAGACACUAGGCCCUCCGUGGAAUGAGUUUGACACCCCUGACCUAGACACACACACACCUGUCAUAUACCUAGACACCUACACACACACACCUGUCAUAUACCUAGACACCUACACACACACACCUGUCAUACACCUACACACACACCUGUCAUACACCGAGACACACACACACACACACACACACACACACACACACACACACACACACACACACACACACACACACACACACACACACACACACACACACACACACACACACACACACACCUGUCAUACACCUAGACACACACACCUAAACCACAGACACACACCUAGACAAACACACACACACACACACACACACACCUAAACACAGACACACACCUGUCAUACACCUAAACACACACACACCUAGACAGCGUUUAGAGGGUUGGGUCAGUAACCGAAAGGUCUCUAGUUUAAAUCCCCAAGCCGACAAGUUGGUGUUGCUGUCUGAUGAAAACCUUGUAACUCCAUUUUAUCCCAAAACAUUUGUAUUGAAUGCAGUAACUUCUCUCAAUAUUUCAUGACUUUACGACUAAGAACAUAUGUUUAAAAUAGCUCCUGAAGUUUGGUAAUUAUAUGUUCGUUAAAAAUAUAUAUAUAUUUUUUUUGUCCAUUUCUUGAAGUGUCUGUUUUGGAGAUGGACCUACGGCGUUCUCAUCAGACAGCGAUGAUACGUGUGUGUGUGUGUGUGUAUACACAUCUGAGAGUCACAAACACCCACAGCUGGAGUGUAACACACUUAACUAAAAACACUUGUCAUACACCUGACCGAACGCACGUGCACACACACACACGCACAUCACACAGCCAUGCAUAUACAGGUAUCAUACACAGUGAAUACAGUACACUAGGUUGGGAGUCAUAGGGGAAACCAAUAUCUCUUACUGCUUGUGUGUAUGUGUGUAUGGCUGUGGGUACGUAGACCCACAAGGCACUGUGGCCCCUCAUGAUGAGUUCCGCUUUCUUUCUUUCUUUUUUGUGGCCCCCCCCACCCCAUUAAAGUUGCCCAUCCUUGGUAUCGACUGACAGGAGACUGUGCUAGAAGGUACUGGUAGCUGUGCCAUAGUCUAAUAGUGGCGAACCACGUCUGCUCUUGUCAUGCUGUUUGACGUAGACAUCCACACACACACUUAGUCACUUUUUUUUUUUUUUUAAGCACUUUACGUUUGGCAAUCCUUUACUUGAUUAGUCUUUAUGCAGUAUGUCACAAACCUGAAACGUCAGGAUGCUUAUAAACUGGUUAUAAUAAGUUGUGUUCGCCACUGUUUUCAGACCGUGACGGAUGCAUUUACAUUUUAGCAGGGGAGUUGUUCCGUAUGCUAGUUUGGAACAUUGCAGAAAACUUUGCUAGGGUUUUAAUCAGUCACGUCCCUGUCAGUCUCUGGUUUGGACGGCCAUUUUGAUCCAAUGACAACAGCACUUUGCCAUGAUCAUGUGACUUCACAGGGAUGCUGGCACUUACUGUACAAACAGACGUAAACACUUCAUGAUAGUGGAUCUCACAUGAUCCAUAUUCACCAUUUCUAUUCUCUUUUCUCGCUCUCCUUCACCUUUUUAUCUCCAUCCUUCAAAUAUCCCCCCCCCCCCUCCUGACCCCCCCACCUAUGGGGCAUGGUGUAUGUGAACAGAGUGAUACAAGAGGGUGCGGUUAUAGAACUGGUAAAGGAAGUUGAGGUCAAGUCAUAGAGAAAUUUAAGGGAAGAUGGGUGGAAGUGAGGAUCUUUGGGGUUACUGAAAUAGAAGAUACCUUUCAGUGUGGGUUUUACAGAAUGUUCCAAGGAGAGUUCUAGAAUGGUGGAGGUUGUCUGGGGGUAAACAUACUAUACACUACAGUAUGCCAUACAGACUUUAGUACAGAACAGGUGUAGUACACUACAGUAUGCCAUACAGACUUUAGUACAGAACAGUACAGGUGUAGUACACUACAGUAUGCCAUACAGACUUUAGUACAGAACAGGUAUAGUACACUACAGUAUGCCAUACAGACUUUAGUACAGAACAGUACAGGUGUAGUACACUACAGUAUGCCAUACAGACUUUAGUACAGAACAGGUAUAGUACACUACAGUAUGCCAUACAGACUUUAGUACAGAACAGUACAGGUGUAGUACACUACAGUAUGCCAUACAGACUUUAGUACAGAACAGGUAUAGUACACUACAGUAUGCCAUACAGACUUUAGUACAGAACAGGUGUAGUACACUACAGUAUGCCAUACAGACUUUAGUACAGUACAGGUGUAGUACACUACAGUAUGCCAUGCAGACUUUAGUACAGUACAGUACAGGUGUAGUACACUACAGUAUGCCAUGCAGACUUUAGUACAGUACAGUACAGGUGUAGUACACUACAGUAUGCCAUACAGACUUUAGUACAGAACAGUUCAGGUGUUGGUUUAUGACUGCUGAAUGUCCUUUUGGGUGGGUGGUGAUGCUGCUGUUGCUCCUGCACCGCCCCCUGUCAUUACCCCCCUACCGGACCACCGUCCGACCCCCUCCUCAAAUAGACAGACAGACCCUCUCUAUAUAUAUAAAUAUAUAUAUAUAUAUAUAUAAGGUGGGGGGAGGUGUGGUAAAAUAAUAUAUAUAUAAAUUGUUGAUUUAACAGCAUUUUCAUGUGGGAUGUAUAGGUAAUGUGUUAAUAUUGUACAUUUUUAGAAUUGAAAGAAAUCGACAUUCAAAAACAAAUCCAAGUCGAGACCAAUUAACUGCUUGUAUUGUGAAGACACAAAUCGCUGUGAUAACUGACAUGGUCUCUAACGAUGCAUUGAAACAAGGAAAUUAAUGAAAACAUAUGAUCAACAACACCUUGUACAUACACAACAACGUGUGGUCCUGGAGUAGUGUUAUUAGAUUUCAUUGGGGUUCUAUUGAGUUCCGUUGGAUCCCAUUGAAUUCUGUUGGAUUCUAUUGUCUCUACUAGUUCGGACUCGCCACUGACCUGUGAACUAUUCUCCAUCUUCUCUUGUCCACUCAUUCUUUCUGCAAAGAACCUUCAGGUCUCUCCCCAAACUGAGGAGGAUGUGCUGUACUCCUCUUCCUUUAAAUGGUUUUAAUUUACUGUUUGGGUUUUUAUUUCUCUUAUCGAGAGAAAUGGUUUUUUUUUUUAUCUACAUCAAUUGAUGUAAUUCAGUUGGUCAGAUUAUGAUGCCAUCUAGAUUAUACUCUAAAUGGUCAGAUUAAAAUAAGAGAUCCACUCUGGUUCAUCCUUGGAGAGGCGGGAUCUCUGAUCAGUAUUCCUUCUGAUCAUUAGAGUUACAGGAACCAUUCCCACGCCAUGCAAUCUUUAUUGAACUGUAUAGGUUGUGCAAAAAAUAUGAAUGUCUUACAUAAAAGAAUAUAUACAAUUAUAGAAAAAGUGAUUUUAAAAUGUUUAAAAGAAAUUGAGAAAGAAUGUUUUAGGAGACAAAUGUAAUAUUUUGUUUGUAAUUACUUAUUUUGUUUGGCAGAGGGCUACUGAACAAAGAUUCCACUGUAUUAAAGUAAUUUGAGUA